GGCUUGGCAUCAUUCAGCUUACGCUCGUAUACUGAAUACUAUCGCCAUGGCACCGAAAGCAAGCGGCAAGGCAGUCAAGAAGGCCGGCAAGGCCGUCAAGAACAUUACGAAGGGUGACAAGAAGAAGCACAAGAAGAGGAGGAAGGAAAGCUACGCCAUCUACAUCUACAAGGUGUUGAAGCAGGUCCACCCCGACACUGGUGUGUCGAGCAAGGCCAUGAGCAUCAUGAACAGCUUCGUCAACGACAUCUUCGAGCGUAUAGCUGCUGAGGCCUCGCGUCUGGCUCACUACAACAAGAGGUCCACCAUCACCUCCCGGGAGAUCCAGACUGCCGUCAGGCUUCUGCUCCCCGGUGAGCUGGCCAAGCACGCUGUGAGCGAAGGCACCAAAGCUGUCACCAAGUACACCAGCUCCAAGUAAAUUGGAUGCAAACAUGACCAUUUGACAAUUUAAAACAAUCGGCCCUUUUCAGGGCCAUCAAA